UCUGUUCUGACCCUCUCUGCAGUAUGUUUGCUCAUUAGUGCUGCACUGAUCCGCUGGUCUUACAGUUAAACCUGUCAGAUCUUUUUCAGUGUUCAGUGAUGAUUGGGAGAUGAUGGGACUGCUGGUGCUCUGUCUGUUUGCAGCCGUGUUCAACUACAUCUCUGCCUCUACAGAUGUCUGCACCAAUUCCCUCCUACCUGGAGCUAAAGGAGACCAAGGUGAGAUUGGAGAGGAGGGCGAUCAGGGAAAACUGGGGAAGAAUGGACCACCAGGACUUCCAGGAGUGCCAGGAGAUACAGGGCUUGAAGGAGAGGUGGGUCACACAGGAAAGAUGGGGCGUAUUGGAGACAAAGGUGACAAAGGUGAUACAGGUUUGGAAGGGCCCUCUGGUUUAAAAGGGAAACCAGGCACAACAUGUGACUGUGGCAGGUACAGGAAGGUGGUUGGACAGCUGGAUGUCAAUGUAGGCAAGCUGAGGAAUGCUGUUAAGUUUGUGAAGAAUGUCAUCUUGGGGCUGAAGGAAACAGAAGAGGGGUACUACCUGCUGGUGAAGGAGCCCAAAAGAUUCAGAGAGGCUUCAAUGAACUGCAAGCUAAGAGGAGGCACCCUGGCCAUGCCAAAAACCAGCAACACCAACCGUCUCAUGGCAGACUAUGUCAGUCAGGCGGGACUGACAAGAGUUUAUGUAGGAGUGCAGGCUCAAAGCAGGGACUCAGAUGGAGCAAGCAGUUAUGUUUAUGCAGACUCCAGCCCUCUGCAGGGGUUUGCAGCUUGGAGCCAAGAGGAGGAGCUCAAUUCCAGAUCUCCCAGCACAAACUCAAGCUGCGUGGAGCUGCUCAGCACUGGAACAUGGGGCCACGUGGAGUGUGAAGCCACCAUGUUUUUCAUCUGUGAGUUCCCAAAGAGCAGGAGAAGAGGAGGAGGAGCAGGAGGAGGUGGAAGAGGGACACCUGCUUCGGCAUCAUCAUGAGUCAAUGAGACAUUUAUGCUUGCAUGCAAAAGUAUACAUAUAUAGUUUGUUAUAUAGAAUUGGCAAUUUAUUUGAUACAUGUAUGUAAUAAGAAAAAAGUGAAAUGAAAAAUAAAUUGUGUCUGCAUAAUCAGAUAGGGUUGCUUUCCUUGAAGAAUGGAACAAUGGCAUUACACCAUAACAGAGAGACAUUAUUAUUAAUUCACUAUGUACCAUUGUCCCUGUGUCAAGCGUCCCGGCAUUUGUUUCCUGUGAGUUCUGUUGGAAUUAUUCUUUGGACCAUGUCUGGAUUCUGGACUUUGAACUUUGCCUGCUCCCUGUCAGAUUUGUUUAGCCUUGUUGGACUUAUUCCCUGGUUUCGACCACUGCCGGCCUGUAUCCUGUGUAAGUUUUUCUUUUCCAAUAAAAUGUAUUAAACUACA